UGCGCGGCGGGGGGCCGGACGGGCGGCGGUCUUCAGGACCCGCGAGUGGGGGAGCUGGACGGUCGGGUCGGAGAUCGGGUCGCGCUCUGCGGGGACCGUCCGCGGGGGCGGCACCCGGGGCGCGGGCUCCGGACGGCCCGGCGUGGAGGGGCGACUUUGUGACCGGAGAGGAGGGAGGGCGUGGGGGGCGGGCCCGGGCCUAGCGUGGGUCGUCGCCGGCCUCGCCUGGUGGGGCCCGGCGUCCCGGCGCGGUGGGGCGUCCGAGCGGCCGGGGCAAGUGCGGCCGGGGAGCGCCCUCCCUGCUGCCUCCCCGAGUGUCUGGGCUCCCGGAGGGGACGCGUGAGCGGCUGGAGCUCCACGAGGAACCGGGUCCGGGCUGCCGGGGGCGCAGUGCACCGCCGCGGGUGUGCGGCCGCGUGCGCCCUCCCGGCCCUCCCGGUCCUCGAUCUUCCGACGGGCUUUGGCGGUCACGGGAGCCCCGGGACCCCCGCGAGCGCGAACGGGCUCUGCCGCAGGAGGUUGUGCGCUUCUGGGCGCAGCAGCCGUCCCGCCGGGCGUCCUGUGUCGCGCUCGCCGCUCGGGAGCGGAUCCCGGGGAACGUCUGCGGGUGGAUCCUCUCAGGGCCGCCUUCUCUGGAGGGUGUGCGGCUCCCGGUACCCGGGGGGUCUCAGCGCCGAGAGCCCAGCGUGGAGGCCAGGGAAGGCGGAGCCGGUGACCGGGCCUCCGUCCGCACAGUGGAGGCGGGUUCCAGCGGUCUGGGCUGGCCUGGGCGAGCUGCGGGCGCUGAGGGUGUUGGCCUUGCAGAGGCUGGUCUGCGGGCAUCUUCCUAAACCUAACCAGCCCCCAUGCGCGACCCCCGAGGUGGAUCCUCCUCCUGCUGUGGCUAUGGGGUGAGACUGAGCCUUGGAUCUGAGGGCGCAGGUGCUGCACCCCGCGCGGCCCUGAUGCGCGCCCGAAUCUCGGCCGCUGUUUCCAGUAUUGAUCAUUUUCUCUUUCACGAACAUCCGCCCCCUGCGCCUCCCUACUCUCUCCGUGUCGUUGUAGGACUUUGGCUCUUAGGAGGGACUUGAACCAAAUGUUACUUAAAACCUGGAACAAGUUGAAUUGGAACCAUAUUUGCUCAACUAUGAGUCAAAUCUAAGUGCUUAAAAUGUCCUUGGCAAACCACUUCGAUGUGAAACCGUAUAUUUUCUAAACGAUUUAGAGUCAGGACAUUGAUUCCCUGCAUCUUAUAAAUACGGAUUCUGAACGUUCACGUCCAUUGAACAUCUCGUAGCUGUUAAGGGGCUGGCUUGGUGGCCGUGUAACCGGAAGGUGAACGGAACGUGAUGGCUCUGCUGGAGGCCCCCUCAUGGCCCAGGACUGGGGAGCCCUCCUGGAGGCAUGGCGUAGCGUGGGAGGUGCGGCGAGGACAGACUUGCCCGCUGCGGUGCGGAGGAAGUGGCACCACUGAGCUCUCUGAAAGGAGGCGUCUUGGGGGGGGGGUGCGGAGCUGGACGUGGAAGCCGAGGAGGGUGAGGCCAUGUCCUUUUUGCGGACCGUGUGCGCUGAGGAACAGAGGUGUUCAUGUGUCUGGGAUGACCAGGGUAAGCAGUCCACCUGCUGCCCCGACACGAGCUGAGUCUAGUAAGACACACUCUGUCGUGUGAGACGGUUUGGGCAUCUUUCUGUCCGUGAAGAGUCCGUAGUGCAGUAGAGUUGCCGGAAGGGCCUGCGACGGUGGUGCAGCGUGAGGAGGCCGUGAGGAAGGGAAUGCAGGUUAGUCUGCGGCUCCACGCGGUUUGUCAGCAAGAGGAAGCAGAGGAGGCCCGGGGUGCAUGCAAGCAAGUGAGGACCCGCGGGAGCUCCGCUGCCCGUGCGUGGACGGGGAGAGCCUGAGGUCGAGAGGGUGCUGUGUCCUGCGGGUCGGGCUGAGCCUGUGCCUGGAGGUGACCUGUGGCUACAGCCACUGGUUUUUGUUUUGUUUUGUUUUCACUCAUUGAACAAAUACUUAGCAUAGCUCUAGUUGCCAUCUCUGGAUGCUCGAUAAAGUAUUCUGAGAAAAUUUACCAACUUGGGGCUAAACCGCGCUGAGCGGGCAUCAGCUCACCGGCAUGCGUGGUGCACGCCGGGGCUCCUCCGGCUCUGCCUUCUCCCGCAUCUGUCCCUGAAGUCUCUGGCAGGUGAGUAGCCUCCGGUUCACUUACUGCUCUGCACCUGGGGACUUCACUCUCAGAGCUUUGGCCACCAUCGGCUCCCCGCUGGUGGGGACCCACGGCUUCCAGGUCCCACUGAUGUCAUUUCCUAGACCUUCCAGCUGGCGUGGAAGGCUGUGCUCCGCGGUGAAGAAGUUCUCUUGCCCGCGCCUCGCACUCACCAGCUCCUCCUCUGUGCGUGCUGCUGCUGUGUCCCCAGCACUUUCUCUCCUGCUCCUGCCCCCUCCCAGGCACCGGGUCUCCUGCAUUCUCGCUUCCCUCUUUCCCUAGGGACAGUCCUCGGGUCAGUUGCUGCUGCUUUCCCCCGGGCGGCUGCAGUUGUCUCGGACUCAGUCCGUUCUUCUUGCACUGGCCACAAUCUUCGGUAAAAUCUGGUCAUGCCGUUUCCCAGCAAAAGCCCUUGUGUUGCUCCAGAAGACAUUUCUGUAUGAGAGUAAAAUGCAGACAGUUUCGUGAAGCACGUGACAGUCUGAAGGGGCACGUGUCCAGCGUGUGAAGGCUCUUCUCCCUCCAAGAGCGCAUGCGUUUUGGUCUCGCUAACUCCUUAAGUUUGUCAAGAUUCUGCUCGUGUAGCUCCUCUUCUGGAAACCUUCCCGUGUGUGGUGAAGCUUCCUGUCCCUAAGCCUUGACGUUUGACCCUGGAUGCCUCGUCUCAGCUCUGAAGUGUCCGACAGACCUUCUGUUUUCAAGACCGAGACACUACCUAGCCCCGGGCUCACAGCCUGCAGGCUUCCUGGGUCAGCGGAUUAGGGUCUGCUGCUUCCUGCUGUCAUCAGAUGUCUGAUGGCACGUGACUCGAGUAAAUGGUCAUCCAGCUCCUCAAAGCUGGGAAAGCUAAGGAAGUGUCCUACAACGCACUAGCCUCCCACAUAAUUUCUGAAGACGGGGACAAUCCUGAGGUUGGAGAAGCUCGGGAAGUCUUUGAUUUACCUGUAGUUAAGCCGUCCUGGGUGAUUUUGUCCGUUCAGUGUGGAGCUCUUCUGCCAGUAAAUGGUUUUUCUCCAGAGUCCUGUCAGAUUUUUUUUGGAAUCACUGCCUGCCUCUCCCAGGUGUCGUCUGACGACAGGAGUGCCCUGUGGGCUCUGCUCACCUUCUACGGCGGGGGGUGCCAGCUGCAGCUCAACAAGAAAUGCACGCAUCUGGUCGUCCCCGAGCCGAAGGGGGAGAAGUACGAGUGUGCGUUGAAGAGAGCAAGCAUUAAGAUCGUGACCCCUGACUGGGUCCUGGAUUGCAUAUCGGAAAAAACCAAAAAGGACGAAGCAUUUUAUCAUCCUCGACUCAUUAUUUAUGAAGAAGAGGAGGAGGAGGAAGAGGAGGAGGAGGAGGAGGAAGAAAACGAGGAGCAGGAGUCCCCAAAUGAGGGUAGUUCGGAGGGAAAGUCCAGCCCUGCCAGCUCUCAAGAAGGAUCUCCUUCCGGGGACCAGCAGUUCUCACCCAAAUCCAACACCGAAAAGUCUAAAGGGGAGUUGAUGUUUGAUGAUUCUUCAGACUCGUCACCCGAGAAACAAGAGAGGAAUUUAAACUGGACGCCCGCUGAGGUCCCACAGCUGGCUGCGGCGAAGCGCAGACUGCCCUCGGGGAAGGAGCCUGGCCUCAUUAACUUGUGCGCCAAUGUGCCCCCCGUCCCGGGCAACAUCUUACCUCCCGAGGUCCGGGGCAGCCUCCUGGCCCCGGGACAGAAUCUCCAAAGUUCGGACAGAUCGGAAAUGAUCGCUACUUGGAGUCCGGCUGUGCGGACCCUGAGAAACAUCACUAACAACGCCGAUCUCCAGCAGAUGAGCCGACCGUCAAAUGUCGCUCACAUCUUACAGUCCCUUUCUGCACCUACAAAAACCUUAGAGCAGCAGGUGAAUCACAGCCAGCAGGGCCACGCGAACGCCAACGCGGUGCUCUUCGGCCCGGUGAAGGUGGCUUCCGAGCCGCACCUGCCGCAGCCGCCGCAGCCGCCGCCCCCGCCCCCGCCGCACCCGGUGCUGCACCUUCCCGCCCAGCAGCUCCUGCAGCUCCAGCCGCAGCCGCAGAUCGCCCAGCAGCCGUACCCGCAGCCGCCGCCGCACCCCUUCCCCCCACAGCCGCUGCCCUUCCCCCAGCAGCAGCUGCACCGGCCGCAGCAGCCCCUGCAGCCGCAGCCGCAGCACGUCCUGCAGCAGCAGCUGCACCAGCUCCAGCAGCACCAGCUCCAGCAGCAGCAGCUGCACCAGCUCCAGCAGCAGCUCCAGCUCCAGCGCCUGCAGCAGCAGCCGGCCCCGCUGCCGCACGCGCCCGGCCAGCCGGCCCAGGCCGCACAGCACCCGGCGCAGCCCCCGCACCAGCCCCCGCAGCAGCACCAGCCCCCACCACCGCAGCCGCCCCCGCCGUCCCAGCAGCCCCAGCACCAGCUCUUUGGACACGACCCAGCCGUGGAAAUUCCGGAAGAAGGCUUCUUACUGGGAUGCGUGUUUGCGAUUGCGGACUACCCGGAGCAGAUGUCUGACAAGCAGCUGCUGGCCACCUGGAAGCGGAUAAUCCAGACGCAUGGUGGCGCCGUGGACCCCACGUUCUCCAGCCGGUGCACACACCUGCUGUGCGAGAGUCAGGUCAGCGGGAUGUACGCGCAGGCGAUCAGGGAGAGGAAGAGGUGUGUCACGGCGCACUGGCUGAACAUGGUCCUAAAGAAGAAGAAGCUGGUGCCGCCUCACCGCGCCCUCCACUUCCCUGUGGCCUUCCCCCCGGGAGGAAAGCCCUGCUCUCAGCACAUUAUUUCUGUGACUGGAUUUGUCGACAGUGACAGAGACGACCUGAAGCUGAUGGCUUACCUGGCGGGCGCCAAGUACACGGGCUACCUGUGCCGCGGCAACACGGUGCUCAUCUGCAAGGAACCCACCGGUUUGAAGUAUGAGAAAGCCAAGGAGUGGAGGAUUCCGUGUGUGAACGCCCAGUGGCUCGGCGACAUCCUCCUGGGGAACUUCGAGGCGCUGAGGCAGGUCCACUACGGCCGCUACACGGCAUUCAAUCUGCAGGAGCCCUUCGCCCCGACUCCGCACUUGGUUUUCAAUCUUCUGGAUGCUUGGAGAGUCCCGUUGAAAGUGUCGGCCGAGCUGCUAAUGGGCGUGCGGCUGCCUCCCAAGCCGAAAGUGAGUGACGUGACGGCCCAGCCUUCCUCCAAGAGAGCCAGAAUCGAAGAUAUACCGCCUCCCACCAAAAAGUUAACACCAGAAUUGACCCCUUUUGUGCUUUUCACUGGAUUUGAGCCUGUCCAGGUUCAACAGUAUAUUAAGAGGCUCUACAUCCUGGGGGGCGAGGUCGCCGAGUCGGCGCAGAAGUGCACGCACCUCAUCGCCAGCAAAGUGACGCGCACGGUCAAGUUCCUGACGGCCAUCUCUGUGGUGCGGCACAUCGUGACCCCGGAGUGGCUGGAGGAGUGCUUCAAGUGUCAGAAGUUCAUCGACGAACAGAACUACGUGCUCCGGGACGCGGAGGCCGAGGUGCUGUUCUCCUUCAGUCUGGAGGAGUCCCUGAAACGGGCACACGCCUCCCCGCUCUUCAAGGCAAAAUAUUUUUACAUCACACCUGGAAUCUGCCCAAGUCUGUCCACCAUGAAGGCGAUCGUGGAGUGUGCAGGGGGACGGGUGCUGUCAAAGCAGCCAUCCUUCCGCAAGCUCGUGGAGCACAAGCAGAACAAGAGUUUGUCGGAAAUAAUUUUAAUAUCCUGUGAAAAUGACCUUCACUUAUGUCGAGAAUACUUUGCCAGAGGAAUAGACGUUCACAACGCGGAGUUUGUGCUGACGGGCGUGCUCACCCAGACCCUGGACUACGAGUCAUAUAAAUUUAACUGACGGCCUCGCCACUGCGGCUGGAGCCCGGGACGACAACCGGCGGCGCCUGCUGUGGGGCAAACCCGGCCGCGCUCCCCCGCAGAGGCCCGUGUUCUCCAGCUGCUGCGGGACGCAGGCAUUUUAAAGCAGGAGAACAAAUAUAAUAAAUAUUGUGCAUCUUAUUAAGAUGUGUAAUUUUAUUCCAAGGAAACAUAAAUUAUGUUUUGUAUUAUAUGAAUUUAUGAGCCCACAUUAGGUUUUAUGAUUCAUUUGCCAGGUUUUUAAAUGUUUUCACAACACUGUUAACAGAACUUCGGCUAUAAAUAAAAUGGUGUAAAUAAAGACCUUGCUAUCUCUAAAUUAUGGAUGUUAAAGAUUUGAAACGUUUUGUACUUUGAUUAUUUUUUUUCUUAUACUCUUUUUUCUUUUAUAUUGAGAUCUUGCCCACAUUUUAAAUAAAUGUACUUUUGAACUUAGAA